AUGUGGUGGUCGAUCGUCGGGUUAGGCGGUAGUUGUUUUGUGUCUUCUACUGACAAGAGGACGGCUCUUAAAGGGUAUCAGGUGUGGGAAGAGGGUGAGUGCCGAGCCUGGUGCCAACACAACAGCGAGAAAGAACUCGCUCGAGAGGCCCUUAUAUACAAGCACCUGGGCGAACAUCCUCAUAUCCUGCAUUGCUAUGGCCUAGAGGAAGUACAUCCAGGCAUCAAUUCUCUUCGUCUUGAGUAUGCACCAUUUGGCGACGUGCGUAAAUUCAUCCGAGAACACAAAGCGGCGCCACUUACGAAGGGCGUCCGACUGCGAAUGGCCCUCGAUACCGCCCUAGGCCUGAGCCAUAUCCACGCAAGGAGAGUGCAGCACUGCGACAUGAGUUGCCGCAACCUCUUUCUCUUUGAUAACUACCGUGUGAAGAUUGGCGACUUUGGCGGCUCCUUGAUCGAAGGGCAGGACGAGCUACGGGGGGGUGUUUGCGAGGAGGCCGCCUAUGAGCUGCCGCUUCGAGGGAGAGAGUUUUGGAGUCGCCCUGCUCGAAAGAGAGAACUCUUCGCCCUUGGAUCUGCUAUCUACGAGAUAAUGGCCUGGGCAUCGCCAUAUGAAGGACAGGAGGAUGGUGAAAUCGAGAAAAAGUAUGCGAAGGGGGAGUUUCCUACCUUAGAAGGGAUCACAGCCAGCAAUAUCAUCCAGAUGUGUUGGGACGAGAAAUAUGGAAGUGCAGAUGAGGUGGCGGAAGCAUUGCGGGCACUGAUUGCGUCACAAAGAUGA